CAGUUCUCAGAAAAGAGAAAUGGAGAGAGAAGCGAUGAGGGACGUUAAUGGGUUUCUACGCAAGGAGAGGUGGCGCGGGGCUCCUCAGAGCUUGUGUACUUCGCCCCCAGUGCCGUGUCUCGUCCACGGAGGCCGGACAAGAACCUCAGGCGACAAGCUCGGGCCUACUUCUCGAGCGACGAGCCUCGUCGAGUUGGUCCGGGGACCGCUCACCCGUCACCAAGGAACUGAGCAGUCCUGGUUUCCUCCGGAGAGCUCUUCCCGACUCACUAGCCAACGGGGAGACCCAACAAGUUCCUAGGUUCUUUAUCGACACGCAGGCAAUGGUCAGAACGCUUGAAGACGGAGGUUACAGUCGUGAACAGGCCGAGAGCGUCGUUUCAUUGAUAUCCACGUCUCUUACCGCCACUCUAGAGCCAGUCAUAUCCGCCCAGGUCACCAGACGAGACGUGGAGCUGUUGGCAGUCCAGUUUGCAGGGGAAGUCGAGUCAGUUCGCAGCAGUCUCGUCCUCCUUGAGAGAAGCACCAUUGAUUCCCUCCGUCUCGAAAACGAGGGACUGAGGGGACAGAUCAGGAGGCUCUACGAAAAUCAGAAGGAGGAGAUGAAGAAGUUGGAGAGUGGGAUACAGCUGGAUAUUAACCUUGAGAAAGGUCGGCUGAGAGAGGAAUCAACCAACCUCUCCCAGAGGAUCAAAGACACUCACAACAGAAUUGAGACUGAGGUCCAGCAAUACCUCCUUCCUUCCCUCUUCCUCCUUCUUUAGUGUGUGUGUGUGUGUGCCAAUGUGUGAUGUAUGUUGACUGAGCAGCAGUAAAGAUAAGUGGGUGUGUCUUGUUCAGGUGGCACAGUUGAAGACACAGAUCGAGUCACAGAAACUAGAGUCAAUCAAGUACCUCGUAGGUAAGACCCCGUUCAUAAACUAGUUUAUCCAGUUAUUCAGGUUUCCUCUCCCCGCUGCUUGCAGGAGGGAUCUUCUCAGUGGUCACCAUAGUUCUCUCCGUCAUGCUCGGCCUCUCCAGACUUCUCAAGUAGAACUCUGUUGUAGCUUUUUAUCUCAUGGACGCUAUUUAUUCUCUGAAUUCACUGAUUUUUUUGUUGGUUCUACAAAUAUUGUACAAUUCGAAAAUUACAGCAGACAUAAUUUUGAACAACCAACACACAAUUACAAGUAUGCGUAACUGAAUGUGGGCGGAGUCACCCUGUCUAAUUGGGGGGCGUGGUCAGUGUUUCAUUGCGAGAUAUGUGGCAGCUGCCUUGCGGGGUUUCUUCUGAAAGUCCAUUCCGUGUGGGUAGGGGUGAGCCACCUUCAGGAGGUGCAGAGCAGCAGCUGUGGACUGACCACUCAUGAGUUCAAUGUAUGCAGAGAGAAGAACAGUCUGUGGAGGAGGAGGAUUGGGGAGCAGCUUGACAGCCUGUGGAGGGAGACAGGCAGAGCAGAGGGCUAAGCAAUCGAGAUAACUAUUACCAAUACCUCAAGGGUAUAUAGAAGGG